CCUUGUAUUCGUCCUUCGUUCAUCGAAAUAUGGCGAUGCCACCUGGCUCUCUAGAUUUUCCCGAUAUUUCGCCUGUUCCCUUGUCAUCUUCUCCAUCAAGAACUAUCCUAACAGAAGCUUUUAACUCCCCAAAGCUAACUAGGAAAUUUUUGGAACAAAUUUCCUCUGUGGAGAAGAGUGGUCUACCUUUAAACACAGCAUGGACAUUGUGGCUUGAUAGAUAUGUUCGAGGGGCGACAGCAGCGGAAUACGCAGCAAAUUUGAGAAAGAUAUACACUGUUACUACCAUUUAGAGCUUUUGGAGUGUCUUCAACAACAUUCCCCAAGCAUCAAAACUAGGAUUUCGGACCAGUUAUCACAUGAUGAGAGGAGAGAGACGACCUGUAUGGGAAGACUCUGAAAAUAUUUCUGGUGGUUAUUGGAAAAUGAGAUGUCCAAAAAACUAUACGAAUCAAGCAUGGAAGGAACUUCUUCUGGCCAUUAUUGGGGAGAAAAGUUUGAAUGAAGUACUAGCUGAUGGUGAUGAAAUUGUUGGUCUGAGUGUUAGUAUAAGAGAUAGAGAUGACAUCCUACAAAUCUGGAAUGCAAAAGCUAAUCUAGCAAGUGAAUCAAAGGUUCUGAAAAAGAUUUCCGAGAUUUUGCCACAACUAAAUGUAGAAGAUGCUUUUUAUAAAUUCCACAGGGAUCAUCAUGCAUUUGAAGGCCAAAGAGUUAUCAGCAGGCCCAUUGGGUUCCCAACCGGUGGCCCAUCAAAUAGAGAAUAAAACUUGGCAUGAAAUAGGUUUGCAUAAUACAUAAGACUUGCUUUUUACUGAUCAAAUUGUGAAAGAGCAAGUCUGUUAGGUUAGUUGCAUUAACCUUGUACUACUUGGGGUACACAGGAAUCCAAGUAAUAGCAAUGAUACUUCUUUAUACAACCACCACCCAAAAGAAAUAAUGUUCUGUUGGAUUGUACCAGGCAUGAGAAUUUUUUUAAUUUUGUUCAAUAUUCAACUGUGACCCAGAGUGCAUUGGUUACAUUAAUAUUUAAUUCCCAUUUAG